AUGAAGAAGAUGAUGAAUGACAACGCCUUGGUUCGAAGGCUGUCUGCAUGUGAGACGAUGGGAUCAGCCACAACCAUCUGCACUGACAAAACAGGCACUCUUACCAUGAAUGAGAUGAAGGUUACAGAAUUUUGGCUUGGUCCAGAAGCAAUGACAGAAGAGAAUCAGUCAGAGAUAGCACCACCCGUUCUGCAAUUACUCCAUCAGGCUGUAGGCUUAAACACAACUGGCAGUGUUUGUAUACCGAAUUCUUCACCCGUCCCUGAGAUUUCUGGUAGCCCAACUGAGAAAGCAAUACUUUCUUGGGCUGUGUUUGAUUUAGGAAUGAAUGCUGAUGAAGUGAAACAAGGCUGUCAGAUAAUCCAUGUUGAAACUUUCAAUUCGGAGAAAAAGAGAAGCGGUGUUUUGAUAAGGAGGAAUAGUGAAAAGGCAACUGAAACCCACUGGAAAGGAGCUGCUGAGAUGAUACUGGCCUUGUGCUCAAAUUAUUAUGACAAGACUGGAAAAGUAAGAGCCAUCAGUGAUGAAGAAAGAUUGCAUGUUGAAUCAAUUAUUCAGAACAUGGCAGCCAAAAGCUUGCGGUGCAUUGCCUUUGCUCAUAAAAUUUCUGAAGAAGAGAAUGGUGGUCAGGUUCAUGAGAAGCUUGAAGAAAGUGGGCUGACAUUGUUGGGUCUUGUAGGUUUGAAGGAUCCGUGCAGACCUGGAGUUCGAACAGCAGUAGACGCUUGCAGAGCUGCUGGAGUGAAAAUUAAGAUGAUAACCGGUGACAAUGUGCAUACUGCAAAAGCUAUAGCUGUUGAAUGUGGGAUACUGAAACCAGAGGAGGAUCUGGAGGAUGAGUCAGUUGUAGAAGGUGUCCAAUUUCGAAAUUACUCACCUGAAGAGACAAUGGAAAGGAUCGAUAAGAUUCGCGUGAUGGCAAGAUCAUCACCAUUUGAUAAGCUAAAGAUGGUUCAGUACUUGAAGCAGAAAGGCCAUGUGGUUGCAGUGACGGGAGAUGGCACGAAUGAUGCACCUGCCCUAAAGGAAGCAGAUAUUGGGCUUUCAAUGGGGAUCCAAGGCACUGAAGUUGCAAAGGAGAGCUCAGACAUUGUGAUAUUAGAUGAUAACUUCACUUCUGUGGUGACUGUUCUGAGAUGGGGCAGGUGUGUCUAUAACAAUAUUCAAAAGUUCCUUCAGUUCCAGCUCACAGUAAAUGUUGCUGCCCUUGUGAUCAACUUUGUCGCCGCUGUUUCGUCUGGCAAAGUUCCAUUGACUGCUGUCCAGUUGCUGUGGGUGAACCUUAUAAUGGAUACAUUGGGGGCUUUAGCUUUGGCCACUGAACAACCAACCAACGAACUCAUGGACAAGAAACCAGUGGGUCGAACGGAGCCACUCAUAACCAGAGUCAUGUGGAGAAACCUCUUAUCUCAGGCUUUGUAUCAGAUCACCAUCUUGCUGACUCUACAGUUUAAGGGAAGAUCCAUCUUUGGCGUGGAUGAGAAGGUGAAGAAUACCCUUAUCUUCAACACUUUUGUUUUUUGCCAAGUCUUCAAUGAGUUCAAUGCCAGGAACAUGGAGAAGAAGAACAUAUUCAAGGGGUUACUCAAGAACAAGUUGUUCUUAGCAAUAAUUGGCAUCACCGCAGUUCUUCAAAUAGUGAUGGUUGAACUUCUGACGAAGUUUGCAAGUACUAAGAGGCUGAAUUGGGGGCAAUGGGGUGCUUGCAUUGGGAUUGCAGUGAUGUCUUGGCCGAUUGGUUGGCUUGUUAAGUACAUUCCUGUUUCUGGAUAGCAGGUUUCAAGGCAUAUAUAGUUCCUGAAAAAUUGUCAAACAGAUAGAAACAGACUAAUUCUUUUGUUGCUCUUUUACUAUUCAUAUUUUUUUCAGUAGUUUCUCAAAGAGAUUUUCUCAAUCUAGAAUUAGAUAUAUCGGUAAAUGAUGAUGUAACUAGUUAUA